CAGCUCCGUAAUCCAGUCUGAUCGCUCGUCGUCUGGCUCUUAUCAGGACUUUAAAAAGAAGCAAGCAACCGACGAAAAAGAAAAACAGCUCCUUCCGCUCACCUCGACGCCGACAAAGAUGAAAGCAAUAAGCCCCGUGCGGUCCUUCCGGAAGAGCAACGCGAGUUUAUCAGAGCACUCCCUGGGAAUCUCCCGGAGCAAGACCCCGGUGGACGACCCGCUCAGCCUGCUGUACAACAUGAACGACUGCUACUCCAAGCUGAAGGAGCUGGUGCCCAGCAUCCCGCAGAACAAGAACGUCAGCAAGAUGGAAAUCCUGCAGCAUGUCAUCGACUACAUCCUGGACCUGCAGAUCGCGCUGGACUCUAGUGUCGCACUCACCAGCCUGCAUCACCCCGCGCGGCCGGGGCAGGGGCAGGCUCCCUCCAGGACCCCCCUGACCACCCUCAACACAGACAUCAGCAUCCUGUCGUUACAGUCUCCGGAGUUGCCAUCAGAGCUGCUGACAGAUGACAGCCGGACUCUGCAUCGUUAAGAAGCGGUGUUUGGUCAGGACGCAAAAACACACACACACACACACACACACACGCGCAGGACCUGGGGAGCAGGACUUCCCCCCCACACCACCACCCUCGCCCUCGACCCCCCUACUCCAACCUCUGUCCUCCAGGCCUGGACUUUUUCUCUCUCUCUCUCUUCUGACGCUGAAAUCAAAAAGACUUUUGCUUAUUAUGGGACAAUCUUAUGUGAUGUGUUUUCUGUUUUCUAUGGACACUUCAUUAUUAUUUAACUUAAGACUUUUUAUUAUUAUUUUUAUUUGUGGGUCCUUUCUGGAAAUGGAAGGCGCGUUAUAUUCCCGACAGUGGGAGGAAAAACGAGAUUAUUGUCACAAGGAUUACCCCCCCCCCCCACCCCCCCGUCCCUCUCCUUGUUGAAGUCUUCGCUUUUUUUGCGGAGUUGGGAACGUGAAUAGAAGAAAAAAAAAAAAGACAACUUGGUUAGUUACUGUAAAAAGUUUAGUCUUGUCUUGUCAGAAUUGUUGGCACAUGAAGGACUGGACGUUGUUUAACUAAAAGAAAAAAAGAAAGUAAAAAUGAAAGAAUGAAACCUUGUCAACUCUUAUCGGGAGUUUAUCUUGUAUAGUUGCAGGAAUUUGAAACUUCUGCAAAAGUGUAAUGUUGUACUUAAUUAUGCUGAGACUUUUUAUAAAAGUAAUGUAAAUUGUACCUUUUUUAUACAAAAAUAAAUCGGAAAAAACACAA